AUGGAAAACGAAAAACAAGACUAUUUGAAAGCGAUUGAUAUCAAUUCAAAUGAUAGAGAUGCACUCUUUCAACUUGCAAUGAUAUUAGAUAAACAUGAACAACAAACGACAUUACUUCUAUCAGGUGAAUCAAUAACGAAAGAACAACUCUUUUGGAAAGUUAUUGCUCUCGAUCCAAACAAUGCCGUUGCAUACUACAAGUUAGCGGUGAAUAUUUCAUCGGAGAAACGAUUAUCGAUUAUUCUUCCAUCGGGUCAAUCAAUGUCCGAACAACAACUCUACUUGAAAGCACUCGAUAUCGAUCCAUUCUAUUCAAACUCAUAUUAUAACCUUGCAUUGACACUACCUGAAUCAAAGACAACUAUCACCCUCCUGAACGGUGAAUCAAUGACAGCGCAACAACUUUACUUGAAAUCAAUAGAGCACUCCAAUUCCGACAAUUCCGAUUGCUAUAACAAUCUUGCACUUACUCUCACUGAUUUUGGAUCAAUCAGAUUGAACGAUGGACAAAUAAUGACAAAGCGACAACUGCUAUUGAAAGGAAUAGAGAAUGAUCCAAACUAUCCACCACAAUAUGUUAACCUUGCCAUGUUACUAAUUGGAAAUGAAACUAUUAAACUUCCUAAUGGUCAAUCGAUGAAUAGUAAACAACUCAAUUUAAAGACGAUAUCACUUGAUCCUUCAAACUAUUCGGCAAUCAAUAAUCUAGGAAACGAUCUUGAACACGACGAAUCUAUAACUCUACCCAAUGGUGAAACAUUGACAAAGAAACAGCUAUACAUAAAAGCGAUACAAAUCGAUCCAAUUUCGUACUUUGCAUACUAUGAUCUUGCCUUAGAGCUGGAAUCAAAAGAAACUAUAACACUCGGUAAUUCAGUGACUAUGACAAAACAACAACUUUUGAUAGAAGCAAUUAAUUGUGAUCCCACACAAACUUAUAUUUAUAAAGAAAUUGGAUUAACUCUUUUAGACAAACACACUAGAAUUUCAUUUCCAAAUGGUGAACAAUUGUCUAGGAGACAACUACUUCAAAAAGCGAGAAUUAAAUAA